CAGUGCGCCGACGCAGCAUCUAGUUUACGAGAACCAAGAGAAGAAGAAAAGAAAACAAACCUGUAUUUUAACAUGGCUGCUGACAAUGAUCCUGAGUCGGAGGUUUUUGAGAUCACAGAUUUUACCACCGCGUCCGAAUGGGAACGGUUUGUGUCCAGAGUUGAGGAAAUCAUAAAUGAGUGGAAGCUGACUGAUAACCAUGUGGAAGAAUUAUCUCCAGAAAAGGGUGCAUACAUCAGUGGUAGCUGGGGAGAGCAGUCACAGGAUGUUCACUUUGCUGACUUUAAGUUCUACAUCACCCACCACUUUCUGAAGGAGGAAUGUAAGAAGAAUGGAAAGGGCGAAGAAGAUGCAUUACCUUUGGCAAUGCAGGAUCUUCUGUGUAUGCAUAAUGACUUUCCUCCUCGAGCCCAUUGUCUGGUCAGAUGGUACGGCCUGCGAGAAUUUGUUGUCAUCAGCCCCGGAGCAAACUGUGAAGCCAUCAUCAGUGAGUCCAAAAGCAACCUGUUGCUCAGCUCCAUCUCCAUGUCUCUGGCCAACAGUGGCUGUCAGGUCCCCAUGUUUGUGCAGAUACAGCAGAAGUGGAGAAAGAUAUAUGCUGGAGAGUGCCAAGGACCAGGGGUGCGCACAGACUUUGAGAUUGUCCAUCUUCGUAAGGUGCCAAGCCAGUACAACCACCUGUCUGGCCUCCUUGACAUCUUUAGGUCUAAAAUAGGAUGUAACAUGCUCCCCCUGUCACCAGUCGACAUUACUAUUCGCUACACCUACAUUCUUCAAGAUUGGCAGCAAUCUUCUUGGCCACAACAGCCUCCAGACUUCGAUACGCUGCUCGGAGGUGAGGUGGGAGGUGUGGAGUUUGGAAGCCUUCCCUUUGGAGCCUGUGAAGAACCAAUUAGUGAACUUCAUCUUGCAACCACCUGGCCUCACCUUACAGAGGGCCUCAUUAUAGAUAACGACGUGUACAGUGACCUUGACCCUCUCCAAGCUCCUCAUUGGUCUGUUCGAGUUAGGACAGCUGACAACCUUCAGUGCUUGCUGGGAGACUUUGUUACCGAGUUCUUUAAGCUUUGCUGUCGAAAGGAGUCUGCAGAGGAAAUUCUGGGUAGAGGCCACGCCCAAGAAGAAGGCCAAGAAAAUAGUGACAUCAGCUCUGCUUUGUCCAAACUAACGGAGCCAGCAGCGCCCGUGCCAUUAAGCAAACUGUCUGUGUCCAGUAUGGUCCACAGCGCCCGAAAGCACAUCCGCCGGCGCCGGCACAUCGACGAGUCACCACUCAGCGUCGAUGUCCUCAACUCAAUCCUCCUGUAUCUCUUCCCAGAUGCAGCGGUGGAGAAGUCAUCAGGCAAAGAGAAAACUACUCAGUCACAUUUUUUCAGGACAUCCGAGCAGGAGAAGAGCUCCGACAACAACCUGUUUCUCCAGCUGAAGUCAGCGCCCUCUGACAGUUUGACCUACCGCUUGACGUUGUGUCUGUGCAUGGUCAACUACAGCUACGGUGGGCUGCCAGCCGUCACUCACCUUUGGCAGGAGUUUGUUCUGGAGCUGCGCUACCGUUGGGAAAACAACUACCUCAUCUAUGGGUUGUCAACUGGAUCUCCUGAUCUUCGCUGUUGUCUUCUGCAUCAAAAGUUUCAGAUGUUGAACUGCUGUAUAGAGAGAAAGAGGGGGAGAGAUGAAGCUCGCAAGGCACAGGAGGGAAACAGAGACGGAGAGCAUAAAGCAUCAGAUGGAAAAGCUUCUGGCUCCACUACAACAAAGGAACCCUCUCAAGGCAAAUCCUGGGAUUCAAGGAGUGAUAGCGAGGAGGAGUUCUUUGAAUGCCCAAGCGACCAGGGGGAGAUGGAGACAUUCCAAACCGAGGGAGAAAAGGACAGCAGUAGGUUCAAAGCAGAGGGCAGGCUGCACCCUUUCAACAACAUGACCCUACUCAACUCUACAGAGCCUCUGUAUGUUCCUGUUACCCAGGAACCAGCUCCCAUGACAGAAGAUCAGCUGGAAGAGCAGUCAGAAGUUCUAACUAAACUUGGCACCUCUGCUAAAGGUACUCACCUCCGUGCUCAGAUGCAAAGUGCUUGUCUGCUCUCUGAUAUGGAGUCGUUCAAGGCAGCCAACCCUGGCUGUGUUCUGGAGGACUUUGUUCGCUGGUACUCACCGAGGGAUUAUGUAGAAGAAGAGGUAUUCAAUGAGAAAGGGCGUACUGUCCUGAAAGGAGAACUUAGUGCAAGAAUGAAAAUCCCUGGCAACACAUGGGUGGAGACCUGGGAAACAGCCAGGGUUACUCCUGCACGGCGCCAGAAGAGACUCUUUGAUGACACCAAGGAGGCAGAAAAGGUGUUACAUUAUUUGGUAAUGUUGAAACCCGGAGACCUGGCUUGUCACCUGCUGCCCUGUCUACUACAUGCUGCUAUUGUGAAGCUGAAGCAUGAAGAGUCAACAGAAAACAUCCCAUCAGUUGGAAAGAACAUUCAACAAGCUACAAGUCAAGCCAACAAACUGCUGCACUCUGUUAACUAUGACUACAAGAGGUUAGAGGACUUUAUUAACCAGUUGGUCACUAUGGAGAGGGUCAUCACCGAAGCUCGAUCACUCAAAGCCAAGUUUGCUGUUGAUGAGGAAGAGAAUAAUGGCGAAGCUGCACUUGAACUACAGAAGGUUGUUACGUCUCUGCUGGAAGAACCUGAGGUGGUGGUGAUUGGAGCUGGACAGGCUCGCAUCGGCAGAAUCAUCCACAGGCUGUUUAUUAAUGCUCAGCGGGCUGCUCUUUUAUCACCAGUGGAUGAAGAUUUGGAACCAGCUGCUGAGAGCAGGAAAAUCCCUGACUUCCCUCCUCCUGCGGGCCGGGAGAUCCUGCUGCGGACAUGUGUUCCUCGACCAGCACCAUAUUCCAAGGUUUUGCCACAGCGCCUCUUCUGCGUGCUGAUGAAGGAUGAGUUUAGACUGGCAGGGGCCUUUUCUUCAGACACGUCAUUCUUUUAACACUUGUUUGGCUGAAUGGUCUUUACAGAAGCAUCAUUUGUUGCUGUUUUCUGCUGCUUCAACUGAUCCUCAAAGGUCAGGGUUGGAGAUUGGCUUUCUGGGUAAUCGUCCCCCACUGAGAUGUUGAUAAGGAAGGAGAAGCUUCUGGUAAAGACAUUUUCUAAAACCUAAAACAAAGGAAAAUGCAGUUAAAAUUAUUAAUUGGUAAAGGAUUUAGCUUCUAGCGUUUGCUCACACUUCAUUGUGGACCUUCUCUGGGUUAGUUUAACAUAAUCAUAUCCUGAUAUUAUUGCACAUUGUGUGCUCAUUAAAUUUUCAGAUAUAUUUCUGCUUUGCCAAAACAUUACAGUGAUACACCGUGAAAAGAAGAGUACCUGAUCCAAUGCAAUCCACAUUCUAACCUUUAUGUCUGGCUUUUUUUUUGUCUGGUUGGUUUUCUGUUUCUCCACAGAACAAAACCACAAUAAAAUUUAGAGAAUGAGCAAACCUGGAGAAUCACCCGGGAGUAAACGGUUCUUUAUUCCAUAGAAACAUUAGUAAUGAUCUGUACCAUUUCAACAUAUGUCAUAUUUUACCUUUCUUGCUAUACAUUUGUAAAAGUGAAAUAAAAAGUAAUUAUUAUUUUGA